AGUCACAUGUCGUCUUCUAUAACAAUCACAGUGUUGUUUAGGACAAGAUAGGAGCAACCAGCCAGCAUUCGAUCUGAAAUUCUUUAUUUGUUCCGGUUGAAUUCAGUGGAGAGUGGAGCCGUGAACUUUCUUUGUAGGCCUAAUCGAUAUCGACUCUACGGAUUUGGAACGUGAUUUUUAAUCGCCGAGUCGUUUGGCUGCUGCUAUUCACCUCAAACAGCCAGCAUUGUUAGAAUGGGAAGCACUGAUGCCAAUACUAUGAGGCUGCUGACAGUAUGAAGUGAAUCGCACUGUGUAGUGAUUUUAUGCAACUAUCUUGGAUCACCGCGUUUUUUAUGCAAGACGUACUGUUCUUCCGCCUGGAACAUUUCAGUUUUCUUCAUACUUUGUUUAUAAGAUAAAUUCAAAUGAAAUUCACUUUCAAGGUCCUAACAGUGCUUAUCGUUGUUCUACCUGCCUCUUUUAGCGAUACACAAAAUAAUGAAGAAGGUGCGAAUGCGAAGAGACCGCAUAUAAUAUUUAUUGUCGCUGAUGAUUUGGGUUGGAAUGAUGUUGGAUUCCAUGGCUCGGACCAAAUUCCCACAGCAAAUAUUGAUGCUUUGGCCUACUCAGGACUGAUUCUGAACAACUAUUAUGUGAGCCCAAUCUGCACGCCGUCCAGAAGUGCUUUGAUGACAGGAAAACAUCCUAUACAUACAGGCAUGCAACAUGGAGUUCUGUAUGGCGCAGAACCGAGAGGACUGCCUUUGAGCGAGAAACUUCUACCAGAGUACUUGGCGGAGCUGGGCUACACCAACCACAUUGUCGGCAAGUGGCAUCUUGGCUCAUACAAGAAGGAGUACACGCCACUCUACAGAGGCUUCCAGUCACACACCGGCUACUGGACUGGGCAUCAUGACUACUAUGAUCACAGUGCUGUUGAGACGGGUUUCUGGGGCUUCGACAUGCGCCGCGGCAUGGACGUUGCUUGGGACCUGCAUGGCAAAUAUUCGACGGACAUUUUCACAGACGAGUCGGUUCGGAUUAUCAGGGGGCACAACAGCAGUCGUCCCCUCUUCCUCUACAUCGGACAUGUGGCCGUGCACUCCGCUAAUCCGUACAGCCCCCUCCCAGCUCCCGACGAACUGGUCGCCAAGUUCACUACGAUUGAAGAUUUCAACAGAAGAAAGUUUGCAGCGAUCAUGACCAAGCUAGACGAAUCAGUCGGCAAAGUGGUUGCUGCUCUACAGUCGUCCAAAAUGCUGGAGAACAGUCUGAUUGUAUUUACCACCGAUAAUGGAGGACCGGCUGCUGGGUUCAACUCCAACGCGGCUUCCAAUUGGCCCCUGAGAGGAGUGAAAAAUACUCUAUGGGAGGGAGGAGUUAGAGGCGCAGGUCUUAUUUGGAGUACUCAACUGCAUCCAAGCCACCAUGUCUCCAAGCAACUCAUGCACAUUUCAGACUGGCUUCCUACUCUGCUUUCCGCUGCUCAAGGUGAUACCAGUGUUCUGGAAAAUAUUGAUGGCGUCGAUAUGUGGGAAUCACUUCUAAGCAAUUCACAAUCCAACCGCACAGAGGUGCUUCACAAUAUUGACAGCAUAACUGGAUCAGCUGCUCUAACUGUUGGAAAAUGGAAAAUUGUUCAAGGUACACACUAUAACGGUCAAUGGGAUGGAUGGUAUGGGCCUUCAGGUAGACCGGACGGUCACACGCCGGCCUAUAAUAUAACUUUGAUUGCAUGCAGUUCUGCCGGAAGGGCGGUUCGAGCUGCCGGGAGACCUGUCAACUUGGAUCAGGUGGAAGCUAUUCGUGAUGAAGCAGGAGUAACUUGUUUUACUGGAAACAUUACUGAUCACAAACCUUGCUACCCUUUGGAGGCACCAUGUUUAUUCAAUAUAAGGGAUGAUCCUUGUGAAAUAAAUAAUCUUGCUGAAAGGUUUCCACAAGUACUUGCUCAGUUGAGCAAACAACUGUCAAGAAUCAAUGAGACAGCCGUUCCACCAGGGAAUCUCCCAGUCGAUCCUAGAGGAAAUCCCAAUUUCUGGGAUCACACGUUCACCAACUUUGGAGACUACACUGUCACUGUCAACAAUAUAAGCUGAUAUUUUCAAAAGAAAAGUUACUGAAUUUUCAAUUUUCUUACUCUCAAAGACCACUCUUGUAAGAAUACUAAUCAUGAAGACAUAUAUAUUCUUAUUCAUUGAUCAAUUUGACAAAAUACGGCGCCGUGCAAUGAAGUUUACUUAUUACAGUUAGGGUCAAAUAACACACCUACUUCAUACUUCUUUCCUGAGUCAUAACCAGAGAUGGAUUGACUGAGUCUGUUUAGUUUAUUAAUUACUUCUAACUAUAUAAAAUUUGAAAAUAUACAAUUAUUCAACUUUUA